AUGACAUCACCAACCACACAUCGUUCCAUGCAAUUAUUACUUCGAAUUUACUUCUUUCUCUGUAUAUUCUCAGUAUUUAUUAUCAUUACAUUUCAUGCACAGCUCGGACGUGUUCAUGAAGAGUCGGGCAAUGAGGAGAGCAUACUCCGAAAAAUUACAACCACCGGAGGGAAUUUAAUGAAAAAACAACACUGGUUGGUGAAUAAGAUAUUAACCAAGAUGAAUUCGAAACAACAAUCUCAUACCAAUCAAGAACAGAAAAAUCAUGCCAAUCAAGAACAGAAAAUACCUUUGAAUCAAUUGGAUCAAAAUGAUGAUCAGAAUCUUGUUGUGCAUCAGAGUAAGAUCAAACAAAGAGAAAUACCUCCUCUUGUUUGUUCCAAAGCCAUGAAUAGCAAUCAACCAGAUAUACCGAAUUUUCAAUCUCGGGUUUGUUAUAACGAGUAUGACUGUGGAUUAUUGAAACGAUGGCGAGACAACAAGAUUGAAAUGUGUCUUCCAACGAAAACGAAUAAUGAAGGAUCAUCACUCACGUGUUACAUGACGACCAAUGAACAUGUACCAGCAGCUACUCGACCUCACACCAUUUGCGAAUCCAAUAAUUUAAUUAUUGAUUUUUCAAAAUUAAUACCUGCCCAAUGCUUAAAGUAUAGACCUGGAUACUUGUGUAGGAGAAAUACUUAUUUUAAUUAUUUGGAAGGCGCUUUAGUGGCUGAUUGUGAAAUUAGCAAGUCACGAUUCACACUUGACAAGUUUCCAAAUGAUUUUGGAAAGGAUAUCUUUUCCUCGUUCAAGAUGCUCAGAGAUGCACCCAAAAAAGAAGAAUUAUUUGUUGAUGGAACAACACUUUUUGUAUCGAGAGAAAUUGAUGAACAUGUGAACAUGUUUCAUGCAUCCACCGAUUUUUUCAACACCUAUUUAAUGUAUGAAUUUUUCCAAAUUCAAGAUAAUCAUCAAGUCCAAGUAGUACUUCUUGACAAUCAUUUCCCAGGACCUUAUGACAUGAUUUGGAAUAAUACCUUCUCAUUUAGAAGACCAAUGAAACGAGCAACUGAAUUUUCUGGCAAGAUUGUGAAAUUUGAAAAAGCCAUCUUUCAGCCUGCUGGAUAUGCGUCUCCAUUAUUAUCUCAUUUGACCGAUUUUUCAAAAGCAAAUUCCAAUCAAUGUUCCCAACGAUUGAAAACUCUCACGGCAUACACCGAGCGAAUCCUUACUGGGUUUAAUAUUCCACCUCGAUCGAGCCAACCCAGUAGUGACAUUAUUCGAGUACUCUUCGUGAGUCGAAGACCCUAUAACAAACAUGGAGUCGAACACAGUUACAUGGGACGACAAAUUGCGAAUGAAGAUGAUCUAUUGAAGGCUCUCAAAAAGUAUGAGCUCGAACACAAGAAUAUUGUUGUUGAGAGGGUUGAUUUUGCCCAGCUUACUUUCAAGGAACAAAUUCAAAAAACCUACCAUUCAGAUUUUUUAAUUGGAAUGCACGGUGCUGGUCUCACACAUGCGUUCUGGUUGCCACCUUCACAGUCAGCAGUCCUUGAAUUGUGGUCCAUCAAAGAAGUUCAAAAUUGGCAAUGUUUCGAACAAAUUACUCUGUGGAAAGGAAAUUUGUACGAGAUUUGGAAAAAUUCAAAUCCAAAGAAUCAUUGGAAAGAUAGUAAGGGCGACUAUACCAUUAUAGAUGUGGAUGAAUUUAUGAAAAUGUUUGAGAGAAUGCUCAAAGAUUUAAGAGCAAUGAGAAAAAAUUUGUAA